AUCGGUAUGCCUGCAUGGACAGCUUCCAUUCAAUUCAAACGUGAUGGAGCAGCGUUGGCCGAGGUAAAUGAGAGGGGGGCUGGCCGGUGCCGGUCACCUCCUCCCCAGUACCCACUCACACUCUCGCCUCCCUCUGCUCCGACGUCUUGCUCGCCUCCUUUUUACCCACAUAGCUGCUAGCCCCAAGCAAAUCCAUCCGUUCGAGCUCCUCCACUUUGAUCCGUUCCCGUCUCUAAUUCCACUCACCAGAUCUGCAACCCCUUCGUGUACCUUGGUGGUCGAUGGCGUCGAGCACCGGGGAGACCGCUCCCGGUUCUAGCUCACCCGCUGUGGCAAUUGCUGCUCCUCCGCCGGCGACCCCCAUGGAGGUCAAGAUGGGUGCCGGACUUCUGGCAGCGGCAGCAUGCUCGGGCACUUUCAACAAGCUGGAAUCGCUUCUUGACGGGCAAACAGCCGCCCCCAGCAACGGCACCGUCGGAAACCUGGCAGUGCAGUCAGCUUCUCCACCCGGUGACGAAGAAGCAUUUCUCCGAGAGUCGCUCGUGUAUGCGGUCACCGCCGGAGGUGACACUCUUCUCCAUGUGGUUGCCGCCACCACUAGUUAUCACGAGGAUUUCUUGAAAAAAGCUGGUUUCAUCUACGGGAAGGCACCAGACCUCCUCUUCAUGCAGAACAGCAGGGGAGAUACACCCUUGCACUGUGCUGCACGGAUGGCCAACAUCCAAAUGGUGUCUCUUCUCAUUGAUCUUGCUAGAGGCGAGGACGGCAGCACUAACAGAGUGAAGGCACUGCUGAGAACAGAAAAUAAGAUCAACGAGACAGCCUUGCAUGCCGCUGCCAAGUCUUGCUUCAUUGGGCAAUAUAAAGUAGUCAAGUUGCUCAUGGAGGAGGACUCACAAUUAGCCAGUUUUCCGAAGGACGGUACUUCGCCGCUAUACCUGGCCAUCUUACUUCAAAGAAAAAGCAUCACAAAAACACUCUACGAGUUGAGCGACGGGGUUCUUUCAUACUCCGGACCAAAUGGACAAAAUGCCUUGCAUGCUGCUGUUCUCCGAGGCAAAGAUCUUACAGAGAUGUUGUUAGAAUGGAACAAAGCCCUUACAAUACAACAAGAUGAGAAUGGAAGUACACCUCUCCACUUGGUUGCAUCUGUGCUAGGGCAAAGUGACCGACGGACUAUACGUGCACUUCUACUGGAAGCCAAUCCAGACGCAUUGUAUCAACCUGACAACAAUGGACUAUUCCCCAUACACGUGGCUGCAUCCGUUGAUGCAACACUUGCCAUCAGUGAUUUUCUUAAGAAGUCAUCAAGAUGUGCUGGUUUGCGCGAUGCUCGGGGAAGGACAUUUCUUCAUGUUGCAGUUGACAAAAUGAAAAUACGUACUGUCGGGUCUGCUUGCAGAAACCGAUCGUUAUCAUGGAUUUUUAAUAUGCAAGACAAAGAAGGAAACACUGCACUACACCUUGCUAUCCAGAAAGGGAGUCUGACGAUGUUUUGUGCUCUAUUCGGCAAUAGACAAGUAUCGUUAAAUUUAACAAAUGAGAAAGGUGAGACUGCACUAGAUAUAGCACGUUGCAAUGUUCCCGAAGGAGGACUGUAUUACAACCAGAACAGUGAAGUAAAAAUAGACCUCGCACUGAAAUUUGCUGGUGCUAAAUGCGGUAUUUCUCGCCGGGACUAUUUUGAAGAAAAUGAUAUUAUCCAAGAAAGACAGGAUGAUAAUAAAAACAAGGAGAUAGUGAAAGAGGGGACACAAACUCUAUGUAUUGGCUCUGUCCUAAUUGCAACCGUGACGUUUGGUGCAACUUUUGCCAUGCCUGGAGGUUAUAGAGCCGAUGAUCACAUUAAUGGAGGCACGCCAACACUUGCUGGAAGGUAUGCUUUUGAUGCAUUCACCCUGGCCAAUGCACUCGCCUUCACUUUUGCCACGAUGGCUACAAUUUCCCUCAUGUCUUCUGGAUCGUCCUUGUAUAAUCUUCGAAGCCGGAUCAUGCACCUAGGAACGGCCUUCUAUUUCAUUAAAAUUUCACUUACAAGCUUGGCGGCUGCCUUUGCAAUUGGUACCUAUAUGAUGAUAUCUCCAGUUGCUCACAAGGCUGCUAUAGCAGUAUGCGUCUUGAGUUCCCUCCUAUUGCUCUAUACAAAUUUGGAAUUGACAAUAAAAAAUGUUGUUCUGAUAGCACCAUUAUGUAUGAGAAAGGGAAUACUUUGGACACUCCUAACAUCAGUGGUCGUAAUCAUAGGCAAUAUUACAGUUCAACUUUGGCCCAUAAUAGUCAUAUUUUGUUCGACUGCAAGAAACUACCCCGCUGGCAAAGUGGAACCAGCGGUACAACCACCGACACCAUUUGUUUGAAGAGAGGCCAAAUAGACGUAUGUCUGCUAGGUGUGGCUCUUUUCACAAUGAAAUUGAUGAUUUCAGAUCUACUAUCAUUAGGUUAUGUUUGGUGAGAAACUUUUAUGAAUUAUGUGUGUGUUGUGUUGUGCCUAGAUCUUUAUGUGUUCAAGGGUUGAUGUGCUUGCAACAAUGUAAACGGUUGCUUAAUGUAAUUAUAUUCGUAUUGUCAAGCUGC